GGCCGGAGGUGCGGGUCCAGUUCCGUGUUUUGCAGCGGCCUCUCUCUGUGUGAGUGUGGCAGCGGCGCAGGGUGAAAGCGGUGGGAAACAGAAACACUAUGGCUGCCUCUCUGUCUCUUACUCAGCUCUCCAGUGGAAAUCCCAUUUAUGACAAAUACUAUCGACAGGUUGAUCCAACUGGCAGUGGGCGGGUGACGGCAGCAGAUGCAGCUCUGUUCCUGAAAAGGUCGGGCUUGGCUGACCUGGUCCUGGGGAAGAUCUGGGAUUUGGCAGACUCUGAACGUAAAGGCUCUCUGAGCAAACAGCAAUUCUUUGUAGCUUUGCGGUUGGUAGCCUGUGCUCAAAAUGGCCUGGAGGUGGCACUCAAGAGCCUUAAUGUGGCUGUUCCUCCCCCCAAAUUUCAUGACAAUAGCAGCCCGCAGUUAGCGGGAGGAGCGCCUGGUGACACACCCUGGGUUGUCAAGCCUGAAGAGAAGAUGAAGUUUGAUUCCAUCUUUGAGAGUCUAGGUCCAGCAGGUGGCAUCCUAACAGGAGACAAGGUUAAGCCUGUCCUGCUAAACUCCAAACUUCCAGUGGACAUCCUCGGCAGGGUAUGGGAGCUCAGUGACAUCGACAGAGAUGGCAUGUUGGACAAAGAUGAAUUUUCUGUGGCCAUGUAUUUGGUGUACAGAGCGUUGGAGGGGGAGCCUGUUCCCAUGUCCCUACCACCUCCCCUGGUUCCACCCUCCAAGAGGAAAAAACCCUUGGUGCCUCCUGUGAUGCCCCUGUUACCCUCGCCCCCCUCUGCCAAAGAAAGUCGCUCCUCCCACGCUGGCUCUAAGACCAUACCCCCCCCUCCUAAACCCACCCCAGCUCCUGUCCCAGCUCCUGUCCCAGCUCCUGUCCCAGCACCAGCACCAGCAGCUGCUUCUUGGGUGGUGUCUCCAGCAGACAAAGCCAAAUACGAUGAGCACUUCAACAAGACAGACGGGGACAUGGACGGGCUUGUGUCUGGACCUGAGGUCAGAGAUAUCUUUCUGAAGACUGGGCUGCCCUCCGCCACACUUGCACGUAUCUGGGAGGUUUGUGACAUUGGAGACAUCGGGAAACUGACUCGAGAGCAGUUUGCCCUGGCGCUCCAUCUCAUCAAUCAGAAGCUGACGAAGGGACUGGACCCUCCGCAGAGCCUGACCCCAGAGAUGAUCCCUCCCUCUGACAGACAAAACAUCAAACAGAACAACAUGCUUAACUUGGCAGCCGACUUCUCAGCCAUCAAGGAGCUUGACUCUCUCAGUAACGAGAUUGUUGAACUACAACGAGAGAAGUGCACUGUGGAAGAGGAGAUCAAGGAGAAAGAGGAGGCCAUCAGACAGCGCAGCACUGAAGUGCAGGACUUACAAGAAGAAGUGGGGAGGGAGAGUGAGGAGCUGCAGCGGCUCCAGUCUCAGCGUCAAAAGGUCCAAGAUACGUUGGACGAGCUGGACCAACAGAAGGGAUCCCUGGAGGAGCAGCUGGCUCACAUCCGCCAACAGACCACCCAGGAGACACAUCUGAUCACAUCGCUGCAGUCGGAGCAUGAGGAGCAGGAACAGAUGAUAUGUCAGUAUGAGGAGGAGCUUGUCCAGGCCCGAGAGGAGCUGCUUGCUCUGCAGGAGGAGAGUCGGAAGCUGCAGGAGAAAGUCCAGGCUGCACAGGAGCAGCUCACACCUCUCCAAGAGUCUGUGCGAGACUCAUUCAAACAAGUUGCACAGGUUCAACAGAAACUGAACAACCUUCAAGUGGAGGAAAGGUCAGUGACUGCCCAGCUCAGCUGGAAGAGAGCCCUGGAGGACAGCUCUCCUGUCAUGGUCAAUGGAUCAGCAGGUACUGCAGCAGAGCUGCACCAGGGGGACCCCUUCCAACAGGACCUCUUUCAGGAGGACCAGCCUAGAGAGCUGAAGUUCGAAGAACCAACUGCUUUCUUCAGUCCUCAGAAAGACCAUUCCGAUCAAAAAGAGAUAGACGCAAAUGAGAAUGAAGAAGAGGAGAUGCAGGACAAGGAAGAUGAAAAUCCAAUUAAUCCAGAGGAGGAAAAACCAAGAUCUGAUGCGUUGGAUGAUCUUUAUGCUAGUCUCGCCCCUUCUGAUAUGUACAAUAGUCUGUCAACCUUCCCCAAGCCUCUGAACACUGUCAGGGAAUUCGGUACCCACGAAGUUUCAACAGAUGUUGUAGAUGAUGAAGACAAAUCAUCUAAUGAGAGCUCACCAAAGCAGGUGGCAUCAUCAGAACAAGAGAACAAAGAGGAGCAAGCAGAGACGCCUGAAGUCACCACAACCACCACCACCUCCUCCUCGUUACCAGUAGGCCCCAUGCCACCACAGACCAGCCCACCAACCUUGCCUGAGAUGGACUUCUUUCAUUCAGACCCCUUUACUGACCAUGAUCCAUUUAAAGAUGAUCCAUUUGGAAAAGCAGAUGUUGCAGAUCCAUUUGGAGGGGAUCCAUUCAAAGGGACCGACCCCUUUGCUGCAGACACUUUCUUCACACAGACCUCCAGCGCCCCCUUCUCCUCAGAAGACCCUUUCUCAGCCCCAGUUGACCCGUUCUGUGCCACCACUGAUGCGCCAGAGCCAAACCUGUUUGCCGCCAAGCUGAACAAUGCAGCACCCGCUCCUGCAGCAGGCUCCGACCCCUUCACCUCCAAACCGACCAAUCUAGCGUCAGCAUCCAAGGGAACUUUCACCACCACAGAGAACAACAUGGCUGAGUCUGACCCGUUCGGUGGCAAAGUCAAUGCCACCACAGAGGCAGAUCCAUUUGGUUCUCAGGACGUAGAGACCGAUCCGUUCAGCUACUCGCCAGUCAGCUGUGAUCUGGCAGUGAAGGACACUGCAGCAGCCAAUGACCCUUUCGCUCCAGGUGGUACAACAGUGAGCUCCACCGUAGAUGCAGAUCCGUUUGCUGCUGUGUUUGGUAAUGAGUCGUUCGGAGGGGGCUUUGCAGAUUUCAGUGCCUUGACGAAGUCAAACGGGGGCGACCAGUUCGGCAUCAACAACAAGAACCUGUUCGAGGAAGACAGUCCGUCUGCCAGCCCCGACGUGCCCCCUGCUCUGCCCCCGAAAACGGGUACGCCAACGAGACCUCCCCCUCCACCUCCAGGUAAGAAAUCCUCCAUCUCCAGAACAGACUCCUCUGACUCCUUCCAUCGACGAGGGCACUUCCUCCCACAGCCUUCAGGGGACUUCUCCUCCUCUUCCUCCUCGCCCUCCCUGCCUGCCAAGGAUCCUUUAGCCGACCCCUUCGCCCCCUCCUCCCCUCCUCGUCACCACGUACGGGAAGCUGACCGAUUUGCCAGCUUUGACAAAUAUCCAACAGAGGAAGACAUGAUAGAGUGGGCAAAGCGCGAGAGCGAACGGGAGGAAAAGGAGCGACUUGCAAGGCUCACCCAGCAGGAACAAGAGGACCUGGAGCUCGCCAUCGCUCUCAGCAAGUCUGAACUCUCCUGAGAAGCUCCUCUCUUCCCUUCUCUCUUCCCUUCUUUCUUCCCUCCCUCCCUUUCCUCUCUCCUCCCUUCCCAUCCUCCUGGCCCGGCACGGCACGGCACAGCACAGCCUGGCCCAGCCCAGAAAGCACCAAAGCAAAAGUGGGGACUGUAUAGGACUGAUUCAGCAACACCCGCUGACCCCAUGAGGAGAGUUUCUUUCUGAAUGAAUCCAUCUCUGCAUCAUUCAGCAGCCUCAGCCUCCCCCCCCCCCCCCUCUCUCUCCCACUCCCCCCUUGAGACUGUUCACUGUGCACUGGCAUCGCAGUAUCCUGUCUCUCUCUCCAUCCUGUCGGCCUCUGUGGUUGUCGUCGGGAGGAGACGACCAAGGACAAGCGACGCGUGUGGAUGGUUUUAAAUGAAAUGCAGUGAAUAUUGUCAGGUGUUAGGAUCGUCACACUCUGUUGACCUCAUCACUCGGCGACAAAACGGCCACAUUAACUCUGCAGAAUGUAAUUUAUUUAAAGAUCAGACUGAAACAGCCUCGUCAAAAGACAUCUUUAUCCACUAAGUAAACUCACUACCCUUUAAUAACUCGCAGCGAUCUAUAGCCUCUCAAACUGUGUUGAGGAUUUCAAAUAUAAGUGAAUGGUGGACAUGACAAAAUGCUAAAUUUUGUGGUUGUGAAAUGGGAGGUUUUGGAGCAGCUGUAACACUCUUGGCAUUUAUCUUUAAUAACCUCCAGUGUGAGUAGAGUAACGAUGGCAGAGGGCCUGUUAGGUCUUCUUUUUUUUAUUAUUAUUAAUGACAACAUUUCUACGUGUUUAACUGGAAGUUAUUCAUCCUCUGAUAUGUGAAAAACAAAUUGAUACUAAAAAUACAAAUGAACAAAUCCAUUACAGCUCUUAUGUCUUUUGAAUGGAAGAAGUGCAAAGCUUUUGCCCUGCGUCUGUUCUGUCUGUGUUACAGGAAGUUUAUUUUCUGGGAGAAACUAAAGUUGGAGUGAAGUUUCAUCUAUUUCAUAUUAACUACAUGUUCAUUCAUUUUCAAGGCACACUACAACGAUGAAAUGCAUUUUUCAAAAACUGUUAUUAGGGGUCCUGAUGAAUGGUUUCCCUUUAUCAAGUUUGAAACUUUCAGCUCUGGACAUUAUCUAAAUAGCAGAGUUUGGACAUUAUCUAAAUAGCAGAGUUUGGACAUUAACAGAAAAAUGGGAAUGAUUUGUUUGGAAUAGAUUGGGUCAAUACUUCCUUCACCUGCUCCCUCUACUCUCACACUAAAUGAAUGGUGUUAAUAGCAGUGUUAAUCCUGAAUCAUCUGCACAGAGAACCAGCUGCAGGGUCAGGGGUCAGGGUCAGGCACAGAGCAGCCUCCCCAUGUCUUUACUCAAUGAAGGCCCAGCAGCGUGGAUGCUGGUUGAGUAGCUUGUGUAUCAAAAAUCUUCAAGUGGUAAAUCUCCAUGUUAGAAAUCUUGAUGUGCCUCUGCUGGUGUUUCUCUCAUGAGCAUGUUUCUACGGAUUAGUUUUCCAGGAAACGCUUCCUAUCUGAGAGGAAUCACAGCCUUACACAAAGUCAGUCAAAGUCUGUCUUUUGUUGUGGAGCACUUCUCUGUGUGUGUGUGUGUCAAUCUGGUGGAGCCGCGAUAUCCAUACACUGGACCAAUGGAGAAACACUUGGACAAACAUCUCUGUGAUACACCUAAAAUGACAUUUAUUUUAUGUGAUUUUCACUGUUUGGGAGGAGGCAGGGUUCAUGACUAAUACCGCGGCCAGCCACCAGAGGGCGACAAAGAUGUUUUGACAAUAGACUUUUGACAGUCUAUGGAUAAGAGCGCCAUAGCAGGUGGUCAGUCAGAGAUGCUACGUCCUCGUCUUCUUCCUCCUUUCCCUCAUCUUUCUGGUUAAAUUGAAUGUUUCUCCCAGAAAAUAAACCCUGUGACUUCACACUAAUCAUUAAACUGUGAGGGUUUCUGACAAGGGAAAGCUCGACUGAGCGCAUGAUGAUUUUGUUUCUUUUCUUUGCUUAUUUUUCGACCAAACAGAGCUUAACACUUUGAACAUCUCUUAAUUGUCUGUUUACUUUUUUUGUGAUCAGCAUCAUGUUGUUUCCUCUUAUUUGUGUGUAACCAGUUCAGUGUCUGGUUGAUGCAGCCCUGCGGCCUCUCAUAUUGGAAUCUACGUUUAUACAGGAGAACCAGAGCUGCCUCUCGUCUCUGCUUAUCGUAGCCUCGGCUUAACACAUCUGAUUGUUUAAUUCUCUCGCAUUUAAACACCUCCAGACACAUGACAGUCGUUUGUACAGGCUCCUUGAAUUUUACAAAUUAAGAACCACUGAUGUUUCUAGGCUGAUCCACAUUGUAUUUUAUUUUGUAUUUUCUAACGUGUAAUAAUAAUCAUUGGGAGUUUGACCAGAAUAUAUAAUGCAUUUAAUUGAAACAGAAUAAAUAUAAAAACAUAUA